AUGUCUGCAGACUUCUACAUAAGAUACUACGUGGGCCACAAAGGUAAAUUCGGUCACGAAUUUUUAGAAUUCGAGUUUCGUCCGGAUGGCAAACUCAGAUACGCCAACAAUUCCAACUACAAAAACGACACGAUGAUUAGAAAGGAAGUGUACGUUCACAACUGCGUUAUGGACGAACUAAAGCGCAUCAUUGUGGACUCUGAGAUCAUGCAGGAAGAUGACGCCCUUUGGCCGCCUUCUGACCGUAUCGGAAGACAAGAAUUGGAAAUCGUGAUCAACGACGAGCACAUUUCCUUUGCUACUUCCAAAACUGGGUCUUUAGUGGACGUCAGCCAGUCUAAGGAUCCUGACGGCCUGCGUUGCUUUUAUUAUUUGGUACAAGAUCUGAAGUGUCUUGUGUUUUCAUUGAUUGGUAUGCAUUUCAAGAUUAAACCCAUAUAG